AUGGUUCUCGGCCCUACUGCCCGUAUGUGGCUCCCAUACCUCAAUUUCACCGUCGCCAUCUCAGCUCUGGGCUUCCAGACUGCCGUCUUGUACCCCUGGCAUGAAGAACUUGACAAGGAGUUUAAGGUCCUCAAGCAAGAGCAUAGAGAGCAACUUCACUUGCACCAACAAGUCACUAUCAAGAAGCUGGAAGAUCUGGAGAAACGACUUCUGGUGACUGAGAAAGCCAUACCUGACGUGAGUGUCACUUCUGCAACUUUGCCUUGA